GGAAAAAAAAAAAAAAGAGAGAGCACUUAUUAAGCCAAAGGGGUAAAGUAAAGUAAAUAACAAAAAACACUCACCGUUUAGGUCUUUCUCUCUCUGUCGUCUUUGAUCUCUGAAACUAUUAUUCCGUUUAAUCGCCAGACUCUCUUCGUUGGGAGAUCGAUCUAGAUACGAGACUUAGCCAUGAAUCCUGAAUAUGACUAUCUGUUCAAGCUUUUGCUUAUCGGUGACUCUGGUGUUGGAAAAUCCUGUUUGCUUCUAAGAUUUGCUGAUGAUUCUUACCUGGAUAGCUACAUCAGUACCAUUGGUGUUGACUUUAAAAUCCGCACAGUUGAACAGGACGGAAAGACAAUCAAACUCCAGAUCUGGGACACAGCAGGCCAAGAACGUUUCAGGACGAUCACCAGCAGCUACUACAGAGGAGCUCAUGGGAUCAUUGUCACUUAUGAUGUCACUGACCAAGAGAGCUUCAACAACGUCAAACAAUGGCUCAAUGAAAUCGACCGUUACGCUAGUGAGAAUGUGAACAAGCUACUCGUUGGGAACAAAAACGAUCUCACGUCGCAGAAGGUUGUAUCCACUGAGACAGCUCAGGCGUUUGCUGAUGAGCUUGGGAUCCCUUUCUUGGAAACAAGUGCCAAAAAUGCAACCAAUGUUGAAGAAGCUUUCAUGGCCAUGACUGCUGCUAUUAAGACCAGAAUGGCUAGCCAACCAUCUGGAGGUGCCAAGCCACCGACUGUCCAGAUUCGCGGACAGCCAGUGAACCAGCAAUCAGGAUGUUGCUCAUCUUGAUUCCCAUUAGUCUCAACAAGUUCUCUUUGGAUCAUUACACCAUUAUAAUCAUUUGUUUGCAUUGCAUGUAAGACUUCCCCAAUUGACACAACUCUCGUUGAAUCCUUUCUUUUCUUUUGUUUCAUAGCUUUGCUAUUCUUUAUCUGAUGUAUUUUGAAAUUCAACAUUCUCUUGUAAAAGGUCCUUCCAUGCAAAUAAAGCAAAGUAGCCUUUUUCUAUU